GGUCUGGUAGAAAGCGUAAGUAGCGGGUCUAGGAAACAAUAAAGAUCUUGCCAGGUACGAUCAUUGAGCUCGCUCGCUGCAAAAGCCACAGGACACGCAAGUGGUGGGGCCUGUUCAGCUCUGCAUGAUAGCUAUGAUGAAGUCUUCAGAAUUUGAAUCCCAAACCUCAGCGCUCAUAACCAACAAUACUACAUUGCUGCUAUACAUGAGCCGACGCCUUGGCAGAGACAAUUCAAAGCGCAAGAGUCGCAGGGGUAAGGGUCCACUUCGUGUUGCGUGUGACACAUGCGGCGGCAAUAUCCAGGAGAAUGCUCAUGCCUCCGCAGCCAAGCCAGCUGGAGCAAAUGUCAGUACACAGGACCCAUGACUCGCACACUUGUGCCUCCUCGAGCCGAAUAGUCAGAGGUAUAUCAGCAAUCGCCCAUUCUCAUUCUCAACGCUCGCGAGACUGCCGGGUGGAUGCAUGCAUGCAAUUCGUCGAUGCCCUGCCGACAUAGCCGAGGAAGACAUCAAAGUUCUGCUGGACGAAGGCAAUCCGCUGGCAGAGGUGCGUCACACACGGGUCGGUGUUUCUGCUGCCGGUCUCGGUGUUGAACGCAUAGUGGCCGCUGACAUGCAAGCAGGUCGCAAGCAGGCCGAAGGCAUCGUCGAUGUUGCAGUGGCCCAACUCGAGGUGCUUGUGGGCGCAGAAGACGGGAUUGGUGAAGUCCAUUGCCGAGGGCAGACAUGGAGCCGUCUGAGAUGAAGGUCUUGGCGGACGUGUGGUCGUUGCCCGGGAGCAGAAUCAGCUGCGUCGCCGCGCCUGCCUGACAUAUGGCGGUAGCAGUGGCCUGGAUAGAUCUCACCGAGAUAUUGAUGUCGGGGAUAUCAUGGGCUCAUUCAUGACCUCGAAGAUGAUUUGGCCAUUUUCGACGUCUUCGCUUGCGAGAGUGAAGCAAAAAUCUCAUCGCUUGGAGCACCUUGGGGCCGAUGAUCUCUCCAUCCCACUGAGCACAUUGUGCACAUUGAUGAUGUAGCUUGCAUCGGUAGUCAAGAAAGCCUGAACAAGGUCAUUGCGCUACUAGAAGUCAUCCUCACCUAGUGUGUCAGUGAGCACGUUGUCGGUGAGGAACUGCCGGCCGACAGGGUGACGGAAGACGUUGAAGCCGUCGUCAUCGAAAGCGUUGCGUCGGUCCUUUGCCAUCGUGGCCGUAGUACUCAAGCAGAGUAGGCCACGCGCUGUUGGCCGUGCGCGAGCCAUCCAUGCUGCAGCCAAAGUCGAGACCGGCGAUGUUAACACCUGCAAAACGCAGACGAUCGGCACUGGGCGGUGCGCCGCCAGAAGGCGCAGGAGAACUGUGCGUCGCGUUUCCGCUCGAUGGAGCCGAGGAGGGUAUGCCUGGAAU